AUGUUUGAUGAAACUACUGAUAUUUCUGGCAACGAACAACUUACUUUAGUACUGAGGUAUGUAAUGAAUAAUGAAAUUCAUGAAGAUUUUGUGACAUUUGUAUAUGCUUACCAAUCCAGAAGACAAGAAGGUAAAUCAAAUUCUGGAGAGUCAAAGCUGACCGGACAUGCUCUUGGUAAUAUUGUUAUUGACAUUUUAACGAAUGAUUUUGGACUUGACUUAAAGUUAUGUGUUGGAAUUUGUACUGAUGGCUGUAGUGUGAUGAUAUCACAAGAUUGUGGAGCAGUAACUGAAAUUUUAAAACAGUGCACAAAUGCUAUUCGUUGCCCUUGUUACAACCAUGCAUUAAAUAAUUCAUUAGCCCAGUCAUCUAAAAUAGUUUCAGUAAUUGAAGCACUAACUGUAGUGUCAAUGUGA